CAUACAUCGUUGAUUAGAUGAUGUAUCUAAUUUCAAUAAUACUGUAUGUCGAAAUUAUACAAAAGAAAAGGGUUUGACUUCAGUGAAAACCGUCGUAACAUGACUAAUGUCAAAUAAGAUCAAAUUUUGCAAUGCUAAUAACAGUAAUAAUAUUCGUUUAGCUGAUAAGAAAGGGAUCAGGGAAUAGAAAUAAAUAUAUAUUUAAUAAGAAAUGUUUUUAGUAGGUUUGACAGGAGGAAUAGCUACUGGGAAAAGUAGUGUUGCUGCUAUUUUUCAUGAAUUCGGUAUACCUGUCAUUGAUGCUGAUAAAAUUGCACGAAAAGUUGUAGAACCUGGAAAGCCAGCUUGGCAAAAAAUACGAAAAGAAUUUGGUUCAGAAAUGUUCUUAGAUACAAAUGAACUCGAUAGAACGAAGCUUGGAGAUAUAAUAUUUAAUGAUGUAGAAAAAAGAAAAAAAUUAAAUGCUAUAACACAUCCAGAAAUAUAUAGAGAAAUAUAUUGGCAAACAUUCAAAUAUUUUCUACAAGGACAUCAGUUUAUAGUUAUGGAUUUGCCAUUACUUUUUGAAACAAGACAUAUGUUGAAUUAUUUACAUAAAAUAAUUGUUGUAACUUGCGAAGAAGAUUUGCAAUUACAACGACUUAUGGAAAGGUCAGGUUUCUCAGAAGCUAAAGCAAAACUAAGAAUUGCUGCACAAAUGUCAUUGGAACGGAAAGCAGAAAUGGCAAAUUUUGUUAUUGAAAAUUCUGGUAAUGUACAUGAUACCAGAGAGCAAACUAUUAGAAUUAUUAAUGUUUUAAAGGCUUCCAAAUACCAUUGGAAGUUACGUUUUUUGGUUGGACUUUGUUGUACUGCUUUACUAGCAGGUGUAUAUUGGUUACGAAGUAGAAAAAUAUGGUCUUUACCAACUAUAGUGUAAUAGUCAUUCACUUACAAAUGCUUAUAAACACAAAUACCAAAUUAUAGUGAGAUCUUAAUACUGCAUUUGUCAAAUUUAGAAAUUAACCUGUUUAUAUAUAUAAAUAAGAUAGUUUAAGAAAAUAAAUAGCUAUUACACACUUUACACACAUUUGAAAAUAUAGGAUGUAAUGAUAUUAUUUACUAAAAUUUUCUUAUAUUAUUUCUUUUUUGUAAACAAAGUAAAAUAUACGGGGGUCGUCUGGAAAGUAAUACCCGUUUUGAAUUAACAAUACAAAUGCAUCUUAAAAAGUUUUCUUUAUUUGUAAUUUCAGUAUAUAUAUUAAAUUUAGUAUGUAUACUAAGUUAUUUUUGAUACAACCACCAGCUUUACAUUUUAACACUUAUCGUAACGUUAUACGAGUUUUUGUAUAUCUUCGUCAUACACUUCCGCCGCCAGUUCACAUGAUCAUCAUCUUACGCAAUCCUUUAAAUCAUCGUUUCUUGUGAAACAUCAUCGAACAAAAAACUCUUGAAAUUUUGCAAAAAAAACUGCAAUGAAUAUCAUUUUGCAAUUAAAUCACAGACACGAUCUUGAGCUCCUCUGUAAUGAGAAACGCACGACCUGAAUGCUUAUGAUCACGUAGUUUCUUUGUCCCUAUUGAAUUAUCGCACCCACGAUCUUACUAAUAAUUCAUCCAUAACUCUAUUAUCGUUACCUGCUGUAAUUCGGUAAUAAAUAAUUUUUGGAAGAAUCUUUCAGCCUUCGAAAAGCGUAAAAGCGUCAUCGACGAGAUUUUCAAUUCGCCUCGUCAUUUUAAACGUGUGAUACAAAGACAAUAUUAAAUAUUUAAACACAAAAUUUUUCAUGACUUAUGUCAACACAUGAAUGAAGCUAGGUGACCUUCCAUAAAUACAUUCCAUCGUUUUAUAUAGUUGCUAUAUAUAAUAAACGGAUAGUACUUUCUGCAUGAUCCUCGUACAUCAUGCUUUACAGUUCUUCCAGUUGUAGAAAUUGAGAUAUACAUAUAUGUUAGUAUAAGGUACAAGAUUACAAUUACUAUUUGCUUUAUACAUAUAUUUGAAUUGGUGAAUGAAUUAUUAGUUACUAUUAGUGAUUCAUAUAAUAUCAGUAAUUAUGAUAAAUUUAUAUCUGAUAUAUAUAAUUAUAUUCACUUUUUAGAUAAUUAACACGAAAUGUAUCCAUAAAAUGAUGAUAUGUAAUUUUAUAUAUAAAUAAUGUACUUUAAAAAAUAGCAUGAGUCAAGACAUAUUACGUGAGAAAAUGUUUUGAGAUCUUAAAAGCAAAUUUAACUGGUCUACAUAAGUUGUUUUUAGUACAUAAGUAACAUUGAUAAUUAUUAAGAUAGAAUAAGAAGUUGUAACAGUGAUGGAAAUACAAACUCGUGGGUUCAGUUGUAACUUGUGAAUUUCUUAAUAUCUUUCGUAUCACUGGUUAUUACUCCUAGUAUAUCUUGUAUAAAUAAACAGCCAAAUGACACAUAAUUGAAAUUAUAUCAGAAGAGAAGAUUGUUAUAGAAAAAUUUGUCCAUGUGUUUCUAUAUGUACAUACAAAAAUUUAUUUUUAACA